CUUGUAAUGGCCGCUGUCGCUGUGCGGUGCGGGCAGUUUUGAUUCCUCCGCCUCAGCAGCUGAACUCACGCAUCGGUGUUUAUCUGAGGCCGCGGGAGCGCGAUCCGCCGGAGAGGGGACUUCUUACCGAGGCGCUGCCGUCGUCACACAGCUCCGGGUCGGACAGAAUAUUCUCUAAUGGAUUCUCCUGAAAGCCCGAACCAGUCCCCCCAGUCUCCCGAGGAGGAGAAGGGCUUCUCCGACUCUCUGCUGGAUUCUUCUGACGAAGAGGAGGACAGGGUCGUCUCAGGCAGUGAGAUCAUCAACGAGGAGGAGAAUGGAGAGCUGCUUGAUGAUGACGAAGAGCCAGUGGACAGCCGACGAAGAGGUUUGGAAUUGGAGGAGUUGGACGAAGAGGAGGACGAGGUGGUGCCUGACUUCGUCUCUGACCCUGAGGAUGAGGAGCCUGGGGGGGUGGGACAGGAGGAUGAGAAUAUUGUUCUGAUGGAGGGGGAUGAAGAUGGUCCACAGGGGCACCAGUUAGAUGGAGAAGAGGAGGAGGAGGAGGAGGAAGAGGAGGACAGGGUCAUUGACACGCCACAGUCCCCGGACUUCGAACCGGUGAAGAGCUUCACUGAUGACGACAAUGUAGAAGAUGGGGAGGAAGGAUACAGUCACUAUAAAAAGGAGGAGGAGGAGGAGGAGGAGGAAGAAAUCCAGGCGGAGGAGGCCAAGAGGAUGAGAGCUGAAGAAGGGGAGAGUAGAAGAGCUGUCACCGUGAAGCAGCCGAACGUGGACUCAGCUUCUGUUUCCCGGGAGCUAGACGAGCAUGAACUGGAUUACGACGAGGAGGUCCCGGAGGAGCCCAGCGUCCCUGCACACGAGGAGGAGGAAGACGAGGAGGAAGCAGAGGAGGAGCAGAGUGAGGACAAGAUCGUUAAGAAAAAGGAGAAGAAGCGUAUUCUCCCCCCGUCUCCUAAGAACAGUGACUCCAGGAGAUCGGACGACUUCAGGGGGCCGGACCGGAUGUCCAGAGAUUCCUUCAGGGACAAGAAGAAGGACGAGGACGACGGAGAGAUCGAUGAAGGAGAGAUCGAUGACGAUGACCUGGAGGAGGGGGAAGUCAAAGAUCCCUCAGACAGGAAGAUCAGGCCACGUCCCAUCUGCAGGUUCUUCAUCAAAGGAAAUUGUACCUGGGGCAUGAACUGUCGGUUCAUCCACCCCGGAGUCAACGACAAAGGCAACUAUUCCCUCAUCAGUAAACCAGACGUCUUCUCACCUAAUGGAGCGCCCCCUGGUGGACCUCACCCUCUCAUACCCAAUAACCCCUGGGCCGGACCUGCAGUGGAGGAGCUCCCUCCACCUCCUCCCCCAGUGGAGCCCCCUGUGGAGAGUGCAUGGGAGAGAGGACUGCGGCACGCCAAAGAGGUUCUCAAGAAGGCCACCAUCCGUAAAGAGCAGGAGCCGGACUUUGAGGAGAAGCGUUUCAACGUGACCAUCGGGGAGGACGAGAGAGAAUUUGACAAGGAGAACGAUUUCUUCAGAGAACGCAGCUACCGCAUCAUCAGAGAUGAAAUGGAGUUCAGAGAUCCUGUAUAUGGGGACCAGUACAACGAUCCAUACUACGACUAUGAGAUGGAGGCGCUGUGGCGAGGUGGCCAGUAUGAGAACUUCAGAGUGCAGUACACAGAGGCUCCACUUCCCUACCACUACAACGAGCGAGAGCGUGAACGCGACCCUCAGGAGCGGCCCCGGGACCGAGAGAGGGAGAGAGAUCACCGCGAGCGGGAGCGCCGGCAGCGAGAGAGGGAGCGGGAGAGGGAGCGCGAGCGAGAGAAGGAGCGGAUGCGGCGGAAAGAAGAGUGGGAGAAGGACCGGAUGAAGCGUGACGAGAAGGAGAGGCCGAGGAUGAGACCUCCUCGAGACCCCAGGGAGAAGAAAGAGGAGGACAAACUGAAACCUCGCUCGCCCCUCGACCUGCCGCCCAACAGGCCGAUGGAGCCGCCCUCAAAGAAGGAGAUUGUUCCAUUAAUGCGUCGACCAGACGAGUGGAAGGACCCGUGGCGUCGGUCCAAAUCCCCCAGGAGGCGCCCCGGGCUGGGCUCCCCCCCACGAGGCCGCCGGCGACACCGCCCCUCCGGCUCCUCCGUCUCUCUGUCCAACUCCUCCAGGUCCUCGUCUCGCUCCUCGUCCUACACAGGCUCUGGGUCGUCCCGCUCCCGCAGCCGCUCCUCCUCCUUCAGCUCCUACUCCAGCCACUCCUCCCAGCGCAGCUCCUUCAGUGGCAGCCGCUCCAGGUCUCGAUCAUUCUCAACGUCUCCCUCACCGAGUCGGACAGCGCUGAGGAAUGCUAAGAAUAAACCAGAGCCCCCCCCUAUGUUAACUAAAGGAAGCAUGCCCCCGAAGCCGGGCGCCAUGCCCCCCCCUCGCAGGGAAAAGCCUCCCAUGAAGAAGGCUCCCAGUCCUCCCCCGCCUGGUGGGAUGCAGGGCCGGCCUUCCAGACCCAUGCAGGAGGGAGGCAAGGCCCCCACCAAUCCCCGGGAGCCUGGAGGACCAGGUGGCGGCGGUGGCAGUGGAGCAGGUCGGCCCCUACCGCCACGGGAACCCGGAAAACCCCCCAACCCCCGGGAAGGAAGACGGAAAGUGAAGCAGCAGCGUCCUCCCCGGAGGCAAACUGCGAGUGGGAGUGUCAGUGGAAGUGGUAGCAGUUAUACUGGUUCUAGCUCCCGAUCCAGAUCCUCCUCCAACUCGCUCUCUAAAUCCGGAUCCAGAAAAUCCAGGAAAUCCAGAUCGCUGAGCGUGAGCAGCGUGUCCUCGGUGUCCUCGGCGUCCUCCAGCAGCAGCUCCGUGCGCAGUGCGGACUCGGACGACAUGUACGCCGACCUGGCGAGUCCAGUGUCCUCGGCCAGUUCCCACUCGCCUGCACCCAACCAGCCCCGCAAGGAGCGCCCCCCCGUCAGGGACCGGCCUCCACACGGGAGAGACAAGACCAGAGAGAGACCGUCAAAGAAAGACGAACCCUUCAGGGAUGACCGCAGGAAGCCGGACCCGUCUGGAGCCCCGCCCAGGGGGGGGAACCCUGUGCCCAAAUCAGGACCUGGUAGCAGGGGGGGGCACCCAGCACAUCCCCCUCCCGGCAACAUGGGCCCCCCUGGAAGCUAUGGAGGUUCAGGUUCCCACAAAGACAUCAAACUCACUCUCCUCAACAAGCAGCAGGGUGAUAAGGGCAGCAGGAAGAGGUACCUGCCCGCGGACAAGGACAGGCCGGGCUCCCCCCUCAGCAAGAGAAUGGCCAUGUCUCCAGACCGAGGUCGUGAUAAAAGGAUACCGGGUCGACCCCCGCUCUCCCCUCGAAUGGAUCGACCCAGAGGCCAAGGCCCCCGACCCUUGCCCCCCCACGGAGACAGAAAACGUCCUCUGUCCCCAGCCCCGAAGUCGUCUGGCAAAGCCCCCCCGGCGCCGUCAGGCAAACCCGCUGCCCCGGGAUCUGCUGCGGCCUCCGGCUCGGCGUCGGGCUCCAACAAACCCAGCAACACACUGUCCCGCCGCGAGGAGCUGCUGAAGCAGCUGAAGGCCGUGGAGGACGCCAUCGCCCGGAAGCGAGCGAAGAUCCCCGCCAAAUAG